CCCGCUGUUUACCCCCAAGCUUACUCGUGUUCCACAGCUAUCCUGGUUGUGUGAGCAGGGAAGCUGUGUGGGACUACUGGAGCUCGCGUUGUCAAGAUGGCAGCUGUCUUGGCCCGAGCCAGGGAGGCGGCGGAGCAGCGCGCCAAUCCGUACGCGAACAGCACCGAAGACGAGGAGACUGAAGACAUGGAUGACAGCCAUGACACGCUGGAGGAGAGUGGCGAUACCAUUUCCGACGACGAAGAGCCCGACGAUGGCGUACUCGAAGAUAUGGAGGCUUUCGGACACUCUUUCAAGAACAUCACGCAACGAUACCGCCUCAUCAACCGCAUUGGAGAGGGCACCUUCUCGACAGUCUACAAAGCCGAGGACUUACUGUACAACCACUACGAGAAUAACUGGGAUCCCGAGGCUGAGAAGGAGAAUCACGACAGCGCUCUGUCAAGGCUGAAGCAGCCGCCCUCACAAUCCACCAAGGCCAAAUUCGUCGCCAUCAAGAAGAUCUACGUCACCUCUUCCCCUCUACGCAUCUUGAACGAACUCGAGCUUCUCCAUGAUCUUCGAGACUCGCCCAACGUCUGUCCUCUCAUCACAGCCUUCCGCCAUCAAGACCAAGUCAUCGCCAUCCUUCCAUACUUCCAGCACAAGGACUUCCGAGAAUACUACCGCGAGCUCCCGGUUUCCGAAAUGCGCAUCUACUUCAAGAGCCUUUUCCUGGCGGUACAAUCCGUCCACGACCACGACAUCAUCCACCGAGAUAUCAAGCCCACCAACUUCCUCUACUGCCCGACGAAGAAACGCGGCGUGCUUGUCGACUUUGGCCUGGCGGAGCGGGAGGGCACUGACUACCACCACUGUCCAUGCAUCCUGGAGAACCCCGAUCGUCAACGCAAAAUUCAGCAAUCGGUCUACGCAACAACUCUCAACGCUGCACAAGCAGCUGGCCAACAAGCGCCGAAGCUCGCCUACCCCACCGACGACAAGCGACCCUCACGUCGAGCCAAUCGCGCAGGAACCCGUGGCUUCCGAGCCCCCGAGGUGCUACUCAAGUGCACCGCGCAAACAGUCCUCAUCGACAUCUGGUCAUGUGGAAUCAUCCUUCUCACCUUCUUGAGCCGACGCUUCCCUUUCUUCCACUCCGCGGAUGACAUAGACGCCUUCAUCGAGCUAUGCUGCAUCUUCGGGAAGAAGCGGAUGAAGGACAUUGCUUUGCAGCACGGUCAGGUCAUGCAUAGCAAUUUGCCCACUGUUAGCGACAAUGGUCAUAGCUGGGAGAAGAUCCUUUUGUGGUGCACGAACCGGACGAAGAAGGAGGGGGAGAGUGGGUUGAGUCAGGAGGAGCACGAGGCGGUUGACUUUAUGAAGUGCUGCUUGGCGUUAGAUCCUGCGAAGAGGAUCAGUGCUGCGGAGGCAUUGGCGCAUCCUUUUUUGAGGGGCGUGGAUGAGACCAUGGUCGAUUGAGAGGAACGUGUUGAUGUAAUUACAUGGAGGGAUUGAGCCUGCUCGGCUUUCGAAGCAUUGUGGGAGUUGGGGAGCCUUGCACGGCGCUUUUACGAUAGCAUUUUGAUGUCCCUGGGAGAUACCCUGGUACGCAUGGCCUCGUUUGCUUGUAAUCUGAGCGGCAAAUUGAGCAU